CGGCACUGGAGCGCGCUGAUUGCUGCGCUGACCUAGACAAGACUUGGCAGCGCUGACCGGACUGAGGAGCUGAGCGGGUGUCUGAUUUUCAGUGUACAAAAAAAAAAAAACAACAAAACAAAACACGAUGGGAAACGUGCAACCCACCAUUGUAGAAUAUCCAGAUUUUGAUGUGACAGCUGAUAUAAAGGCCAUUAGAAAAGCAUGCAAAGGCCUUGGUACUGAUGAAGAUGCUAUUAUCAACAUUCUAGCCAACAGAAGCUGUGCCCAGAGGCUUGCAAUUAAACAGGCAUACUUUGACAAAUAUGAUGAUGAGAUUGUUGAGGUGCUUAAAAAAGAGCUUUCAGGAAACUUUGAGAAAGCCAUUGUAUCCCUGCUGGAUUCACCCAUAGUUUUUGCAGCGAAAGAGCUUCGCAAGGCAAUGAAGGGACCAGGAACAGAUGAGGAUAUCCUUGUGGAAAUCCUUUGUAGCCGAAAUAAUCAGGAACUAUGGGAUCUUAAGAACACAUAUUGUGAAUUCUUUGAGCGAGAUUUGGAGGCUGAUAUUGAAGGCGACACAAGUGGUGAUGUGCGAAACCUGCUUCUAACUCUGUUGCAGGCAGACCGUGAUGAGGGUUUUGAUGUUGAUGAGGAUCUGGCAGAGGCUGAUGCUACUGUGCUCUUUGAGGCCGGAGAGGGCCGCUUUGGCACUGAUGAAUCUACAUUUACGCAUAUACUGGCUAAAAGAAACUAUCUUCAGCUACAGGCUACUUUUAAAGUCUACGAGUCGCUUUCAGGAACAGACAUAAAAGAUGCAAUUAAAAGUGAAUCUUCGGGAACACUGAAGGACUGUUACAUAACUCUUGUAAGAUGUGCAAAGAACCUGCAACUAUACUUUGCUCGCUGCCUCAAGCGCGCUAUGAAGGGUGCAGGAACUGAUGAAGACACCCUAAUAAGGAUUAUUGUUGGCCGCUCUGAGAUUGACCUUGAGACCAUAAAGGACAUGUACUCCGAAAAGUAUGAUGUAACUUUAAGAGAUGCCAUAAGCUCUGAAUGUGGUGGGGACUUCAAGAAGGUGCUCUUAGAGAUCUUGCACUGAUAUGAUCAAGAAGUAUGGAGGUGAUUUCACUGAGAAGGAUGUAUCAUCCAUCUCAUCUGUUUAACUCUGAAUGUUUUAAUCUCUGAAAUACACUUUAUGAGAUAUAUAAAACUAAGUUUAUUAACUAUCAAGUUGGUCUUGUAGUCUAUAACUGUUAAACUACAAUAUUAAUAUUAUGAUUUGUAUAAAACAACUGUUAUUCUUAAACUUUUCUUAGCAUCUUUACAUGUGUAAUUCCACUUAAGUAACUAACAUAAAGUAGCACUAAUGAACUAAAAAGGUAUUAACCUUUUUACACUGUAUUUUUAAGAACUCAUUUUUCUAUUAAAUGGAAACAGUAUUUUGAGAUAUUAACACAUGAGCCAGUUUUCAAUAUCAUAUUAAAUCAUUCCAACAUCAACGCGAGUGCUUUAUUAACAAGGAAAUUGUAAUACAAAGCAAGUAAUUAAACUGUCCUUGACUGUCAGUUAAUGACUUGUUCAGGAGGGGAAAUACACAUGAAAAGCAACCUUUCUUUAUUGAUUCCAGGGUGUAAAUGAUAAAGAGAUUAUAUAUGUUAAGUUAACCUUUAAAAUGUUUACCUUUGGAUGAAAAUAAAAGGAUUGGAUAAUGAAACUAGAAAGUCAGAAAAAAAGCAAAAAAAAAAAAUCUCCAAAAAUGUAAACUUGAGGAAACAACAACAGUGAUAACUGGUCUCAUAGUUGUCGCUAAUCAUAUACAAUAGCUAGAAUGACAGAAGCAGUUUCUUUUGUUUAUAUUUUCACAUUACAUUUACAUAUUACACAUUUACAUUUACAACACAUAUUACAUACAAAGGUGACUUACAACAUUUGAGAUGCAAUUGGUUAUAUUUUGUUUGUAUUACCAGUUGGAGCACAGGCAGAGGAAGUGACUUUCUCAAGGUUGAACAAUGUCAGUAAUAUAUAUAUAUAUAUAUAUAUAUAUAUAUAUAUAUAUAUAUAUAAUGUGUAGUGUAAAUAAUAAAUAAGGGGAUUCUGAGGGCUGGACAGUUACUGAGCACUGUGGAUUUCCAGCCCAGUCAUUACUAUAAUUAUAUAAUUAAAAAAUUCAAUUAUGUACUGGACACACAGAAAUAUAUAUUCCCCAGUUAUCCAACCAUCACACCUUAAAAGCAUUAAGAUCAAAUAUGUAUGUGUAUGUAAUGCUUUUUCCCAUUAUGCCUUUUAUGCUAAUUGUCAAGGUCUUUGAAGAACAUUAUUGUUCAUGCCUGAACACAAGAUUAUAGAAUUUGUUUGGAUCGUAGGACUUUUUACAGCCAAAACGUACUUUGUAUUUCAGCUUUAUUACAGAGAACCUGUAACAAAUGUGAAACAGAGUCUCACAAAACGUUUUUGGAGUCCUGAGUGUCUAUUAGUCAUUUGUAAGAAGGUAUACACACAUUCUGUUAUUUUUACAUAUUAUAUUUAUUUACUUAUUUGUUUUGUUUUGUUUGUCACGGUUAUAUCAAAAGCAUAUUCUGUAAUUAUAACGGUCAAAAUGUUGAAAAACAUAAACUUUAUGAAUAUCACUUUUAUUGGUGUUCCACCUAAGAGCAAGUUCAAAAUGUUCACUCCUAAAACUUUGCUUAAUUAAGAAUACAGUUACUUUUGCAUUGCUUUGUUUUUUUUACUGGUUUUCUCCUUAGUUUCUUUACCUUUAUUUCUCCAAAAGAGAUUUCCUUUUCUAGAGUUUCUCAUUGUAGAAUUGUAGAAUAUCACUUUUAUUGGUGUUCCACCUUUCUCAUUGUAGAAUUGUAGAAUAUCACUUUUAUUGGUGUUCCACCUAAGAGCAAGUUCAAAAUGUUCACUCCUAAAACUUUGCUUAAUUAAGAAUACAGUUACUUUUGCAUUGCUUUGUUUUUUUUUUACUGGUUUUCUCCUUAGUUUCUUUACCUUUAUUUCUCCAAAAGAGAUUUCCUUUUCUAGAGUUUCUCAUUGUAGAAUUCUUUCAAGACAUUUCGUAUAUAGGAAUAAGAUGGUUCUCAAAAUCUUUUUUAUAGUCAUUACCAUUAACAACCAAUGUAGGUGUUUUGUGAUAUUACCAAAUGAUUAAUUCUCUGUUACUUCACUUCCAUAUAUAAAACGUCUCUCACUGACAUUUACUCCUUCCUCAAUGUCCAUUUCUAUAAACUGUAAUUUUUUUUCCCCAAUUUGUAUCUUAAUAAUCUUGAACUUGCUUUUCAUAAAAAUUAAGCCAACUAUACUUGGAUACAUCUUUAGACUUUCUAGUUUUGACACUAAUUUUGUCUUCGCUCUAUCUGCUAUCUGACUUGAGUACUGUAGUCCAAUGUAAUGAAAGAGUUUCAACUGUUAGUUUUUUCUCUCCCUACUAUAAUGUGCAGAACUCUCUUCCUUACUUUUGUAUUAUGUAAAACACUUGAGUUUCAUCUUCUUCAUAUUAUUUUUUAUUUUUGUGAUCAACACACACAGUCAAUGAACAGCUUGCCUCCUACUCCUUCUGCACUUUUUAAUAUAAUCAUUUAUUGCUAUCAUUCUAAUUUUGGAGUGUAAAAAGUGGCAACAGGGAGCUGAUGCAUAUUUUUUUUAACUCAUGGUGAAUGAUUAUGCCAGAUUUUGAUAUUUUUCUCCUACAUUCAUAAUAAUUCCAGUGUUUGUUGUAUUUAGUGCAUUAAAGCCUUUUAUCUAUCUUGUC